CACUAAAAUGUAAUAUUAUUUUCUAAACAGCUAUUUAUUAAAUCUGCAAAAGAAUAUUAAAGUUCCUUUUUUCACAUAUAUAAAGAAAAUUUUUACCAACGAACAUGUGUGGUUUUCACGAAAAAUUCAUAAAUAUUAUCUGGAUGAUAUUGAUGGCAAUCACGUUGACACAGGGUAAGAUAACAAUAUAUUCCUUUAAAUUAUCAAAUAAUUGUAUAUUUUAAGGGCAAACAUUUUUCUUUUUAGAUUAAAGUAAUUUGUUAAUUUUCCAAACGUCUCGAAUUUGAAAUGACAUUGAUCAUAACUGCCCCCACACACAAAUUUUAUGUUUUAACGUAAUGCAAAGGUUAUUUGAGAUUGUUUUUAAGUAAGAAACGGAAAAUCAUUCGAAUUUAUGUCGCACAGUCCAUGAACUAUACUUUCACUAUGUAUCAUUUAGUGCAAAAACCGAGAUUAGGAAAUAGGCACAAUUGUUUGCAGGCGUGUAUUGUGCUGCAUAAUAACCUCAAUUUUAGACAAUAGAAUUCAUUGUAAUCUUUCCCGAAUCUUUUUGGUUGGAAUGUUCCAUUGUCAGAUAACGCAGCUAGCAUGAAACAAGCACAGUCCCAGUAAGUUCGGAAAAUCGACGCUCUUGUGUAUCAUACAAAAUGUAGGAUAAUGUAUUAUUGCGAACGGUACUCUUUAAAUACAAAAUGAACUCUGGCAAUAUAAAAUAAUACUUGCAUUGUUACAAAUGUAUAUGUAUAUAUACCAUUUUUCACGUGUAUUGUACAACGAAGUAUGGAAUUAAUAUUUUUUAUGUACAUAUUUAUGUUAACACUUGGUUGGCUUUGAUUUCAAUAUUUGUAUAUAUAUAUAUAUCUCUUUUAGAACAAAAAUGUGGUAUUGCAGAAGAGGGUAAAGUGUAUACCUUGAGUUUAGUCAUUCCUCCUGGAAGUUACAAGGAUGAAGACGUUCACAUUGAGGCUAAUCAUGGGCGUAUUGCAAGGUGCACACUUCGCACACAGACGUGCAUUAAUUUGCAUUCCAAUUUAUACCACACGAACUUAAAGAAAGUGGAAGGAAGCUCAGUAAUAAAUGUGACAGUUUAUAAUAUGACGAAGACACGUUUCCUGUCUAAUGAUAUUGUUCAGUUCUCAUAUGCUUUUGCUAACGAUUAUCAAAAACAAGAAAUGUGCGAGCCCAAAGUUUUCUGUGAGUAUAACUUUUUAGCAAUGUUACUAUAUUGAAUUUUGAGUCCCUAAAAUAAAUUAGAAUAAAUUCAAUGAAUCAAAUUAGCUAAUUUUAUUUCUUGUUCAUUGUUAAGUAUAAGUUAAAAACCUAAUAAUUUGCUUAUGUUUGACAUUAUUUGGUUGAUUUUCAUUCGUUUAGGGAAUUAAAUAGCAUACAUACACAAGUGCUAUUCUGACCUUCAAAUCAAAAGCAUGGAUGAAUUAUGUUUAUAUAUUUUACAAAUAUAUAUAUAUAUGUUGUAAAAAAUCAGUAUAAUGUAACUUUGUUUUUGAUUGUUUUUUUAUACGCUACACCCAGUUAGACCUCGUGAUAUCGUUUGCUUACAUCAAAUAACAGGAGAAGGAUUGUCUUUAACAUGUACUGCUGAAAGAAUAUAUCCAGGAGGAAAAUGUUUUUUCUUGCUAAGCUUCAAUAGAGAAAUGGUAAAUAUAAGUCUCUUAAAUUAACAUUUUAACUUCAAAACAAAUGUUAAAACUUAACUUAUUACAAUUCACAUAAUUGUUUCUUAAUUUUUGAAAUUUAUAUUUUUUCUCUUAAAAUAAUUGUAUGUGGUCAACAGAAAAUAAUUUAUUUUUUUAACAUUUUCAGUCAACCAUACAUUCUACUAGUACAUCAGAAAGCAUUGAGGAACUUGCAGAAAUGCCGAUUUAUUUUAAGUUCAACUGUAACAUUUUUAUUUCAAAGUCAACAUUGGUACCAGCGUUGUAUCACUUUAACUUGAGCAUGUAUCCAAGCAUCUAUCAUAGCAACACAGACGUGAUGUAUGGAACAAACGAUUCACUAGCUAUCAUAUUAGGUUUGAAUUAUGUAUAACGUCUGCCUAGCUUCGGUAUUAAUAAAUUCUAAAAGUGUUAAUACCGCAAUGUAAUAGGGAUCAUGCAUUUUAAUUAAUUUUAGCUAAAAAGAAAUGACGUAACCAUAAAGUUCCUGUUGUUGCCUUUUUCAUUAUGCAUUUAAAAUUGCGUAUUGUGAACUUUGGAAAUAAAAUAUGAGCAUACAUAUUAAAUGUUUUUAUUUAAAAAUGUAAUCAAAGUAGCAUGUGAUAAUAUGUUUGGAAGUUCUGAAAGCCGCAUUGAAUAGCGUUUAUAAUAUAUUAAAGUUAAUUGCACGGAACAACAACAAAAUAAUAAUAAUAUUGAUAAUAAACGUAUAUCAAAUUCAAAAUAUUACUUUCUAAUAACAAACAAGAUAUAACGAAUUUGAUAUACAGAACAUAUGGAUAGGACAUGCAUGAGAGAAGAAUAGGACAUUCUUGGCAACCAGCAAGAAAAGAAAUUUUGCUUAGUGUCACAAAACUUUGACUUUGGCAAAUAUUACCUAUUAGGUCUAAAUCGGGGGGGGGGGGGCAGCCUUUUGAACAUGUCCGGGUACUUUGGGAAAAAGUUUUACAUAAAAAGUUAAAUUUAUCAUUUCUUUAACAUAUUUCAGCCUUUAAAAUAUAGUUCUACUGAAAGUCCCCUACCUUAACUGCCAGCCUUUAAAUAUUCGGCCAGCAGACACUCUUACACCCUUACUGCAGGCCCUUAAACACUUUUUAUGUAAAAAGUCCUACACCAUAAGUCUGGCUCUUUGUUAACUAUUAUAAAUGUCGUAUCUGAAAAAUUCAACCUGUUAUCUAGAGUUCAACCGUAAUGCUUGACGCUCACUGCUUGAUAGCUUUUUUUUGGGUGUGUUUUCGCUAAGUUGUAUUAAUAUACGACGUAUGGGAGAGGGUCGGUUGCUAAGAGAAAACUUCCACACAAGAAGCAUUAAAUCCACAAAUUUCUUAAUUAAAAACAAAACAAAACGUAAAAAAUUAAAUUUCAGAAUAUCUUGUUUGCAGGAUCUUUGUUUUUUGUUUUGUUUGCCUUCUAACAACAGAUCAUCCGAAAUUGAUCCUGGAAAAUUGCCCUGAGUACAUUGAAGAAAACAAAGAGGUUCAGUGUACUUGUUUAAAUAUAGACACGAGCCCGAUCAAUGUGUUUAUAAACUGGUUUACAAAGGAUGGACAGACAGUACUUGGUAAUGCCAAAUCGAAUGUGCUCAAAGUUAAGGCAAAAAGAAUUGCUCAAG